AGUUGUUACAUAAACCAGAUGAAGGAUAGACUGAUACCGGGAUGAGACGUAGAGAGAAGGUCACAUGCAGAGAAACUCCGAUGACAAGCUUUGUGCUGAGGAAUCUCAGGACCUCAAGAUGCCCAUAGCAGACCUCCUAGGGGUGCAGCUAGACAUGCAGAUGCUAGGGAAACUGACCCUAUCAGUGGCCACUGUGCUGUUUGUGUCCUGGGUGUACCGUUUCUACAGCUCCCGGGGUCGUGCUGCUCAAACGGGUCCACCGAGUGGAUCUGCUGGCCAGGCUUCCCAACCGAGCAACUGUGCCACAUCGCCGGGCUUGUGCAGGAGCCGCCUGGCAGAGGUACAGCCACAGAGUAAAGCCGCACCUGAAGGUAUAAGUGAGAACAAGCUACCAGGAGAGCAUGAUUCAUCACCUGAGAAUACACAAGGGGAGGUUCUGUUGCACAAGCGACCAAGUACAAAGAAUGUGAUACAGACAGAACGUCUUACAGAAUACCUAGGCCUCCAUGCAAAGCUAGAAAUGGAGAACAAUGACGUAUGUCAAGAUUCCGCUGUGGAGGAGCUGACACUCUCCAAAGAAACAAAUUUGGAACAGCAAGAGCAGAAGGCUUUGAUUGAGGAGGCGGCUGAAGAAGGGAUUGAUAACUGUGAAAUUGGAUUUACUCUUUCGUCUCAUGCAACCGAUUGCAUUCUGUUGUCACCUGACUGCAGUCAGCAAAGCCCAACAGAACGGCCCAGGUCACCGUGUUUGCUGAGGAAGUUGGAACCUAGCACUGAAGUGAGUCGAGAACUCAGGCAGGACUUAGGCUUCUCCAGUUUCCAGUCCAAAGCAGCAGUGAUAGUGGAAGACGGAGACCUUCUGCUAGAGUGUCCUGGGGACAGGCUUGUGGAGGUUCGAGGGAAGAUCUAUGACUACUUUGUGGAAUCCUCAUCAGAGUCGAUUUCAGCCAGCGAAAGGAUCCCCAGUCCAAGACCCUACAGAGUGACCCAUGACAGCAGGGAUUCGCAGAACUUGCAGCUGACACAGGACUUGGUGUUCCCAUCUGACUCCCACGAGGAUUUUUCACCCCCCACAAACAGAAGUCCUUCUCCUCUUAGCAAACCAGGGCUCCUUCGGAAGGACAGUUACAUGCAUAUCACAGAAAAUGAUGACCUUCAGAUUCCUUUCUGGAGCCCAGGAACCUCAACACCUGCGAAUGGUACGUCCUGGUCUAGAACCUCUUCAUCAGAGAAUGCGUUCUCCAACCAGGCAAAUUGCAUCACAGAGUCCAGACUUCCAAGUGAAUCAGCAGAGCCCAGUUUAGAAACAGUUGCUGGAAUAAAGUUUUUGCAAAUGCCUCUGGAAGGAAUUGGUAUCUCUGAGCUGGAAAGUCUCAAGGGAAAACUAGAUUUGGGCAACUGUAUGCAAGCACUUAGUCUGGCCAGGAAGUACAGGCAUGCCACACUUGAGGAAGCUUCUCUUAAAGUCAUGUCAGACAACUACCUUCAGGUACUCAGAGAUCCAGAGCUGUAUGGGAAGCUGAGAGCUGGUGACAGGGCUCACAUCCAGAAGCUACGAAUGAGGGGCAAGCAAUACCUACUUGUGGCUGAUAUUGAUCCCCAAGACUGGGCAAGGACUCGAUCUCAGACGUCCAAUUCGGAUUCUUCCCAGACAUCUAGUAGGCUGUACUAUUACAAUGACUACAAGGAUACCUGGCACACGCUGAGCAAACUCCCUAGAGAGGUUGUUUCCAAAGGCUGUGCUAUGUGCACAAUGGACAAUUACCUCUUUGUAGCCAUAGGCUGUGAGGGUAGUGAUAGAGAUAUCAAACCAUCCAGGAGAGUGUUCUGCUACAAUCCAAUGACAUCCAUCUGGAAGGAAAUCUGCCCAAUGAACGAAGCUCGACCUCAGUGCAAGCUGGUGGCCCUGCAAGGCUAUAUCUAUGCAAUUGGGGGUGAGUGCCUGAGCACAGUGGAGCGAUAUGACCCACGGGUAGACCAGUGGGCCUUUGUAGCACCACUACCCAAUGACACUUUUGCAGUGGCUCAUCGAGCCACUGCAUGCCAGGGAGAACUUUUCGUACUCGGGGGUACUCUGAGGUACGUACUGUUGCGCUACAGCCCCUUGACCAACACGUGGCGGCAGAGCCUCAUCGUGGGCAGCAAGGAGAGGACCACAGAUAUGGUAUCCGUAAGAAACUUCCUGUACCGCUUCGACAUCAGCCCUUCACUGGGUUUAUCUGUUUACCGCUACCACACCGUGGCUCGACUGUGGUACGAGUGCUGUUCCAGGCGUCUCCCAGACUGUCUUGCCUUCCAGUGUACCACCCUGGACAAUAUCAUCUACUGCAUCAACCGGCAGUUCAACAUGAGGUUUCUGGCUGAUGACGUUUCACCACAGUUUGUGGCAGAAGAUCUGAACAUUCUCUCAGUGGCAAAAGGCAUGCUGUUUCCUUUUGUCCUUGCACUUCCUGACAAGGACACUCUUCAGACCAGAGUGUAAGUAGUGGAAGUUCACUGAAUUGUAAUACAAGAUGUGCAGUGCAAGGGUGAAGAUGCAAAGACUGUUUUUUAAUUUUAGUCUGAACACGCUGAUGUCUCCGAAUACAGAAAUUAUUCGCCACCAGUGAAUGUUUCCAAAAAAUGCCUAGCUCUUCUAGUUUCUUCCAACAGUGGAGCUAAAAUCCUGAGGACUUCAUAAAUUCUAAGUGACUAUGACUUUAUCACAGGUAAUUCAGUGACAUGUUUUGUAGACAAGGUUUGAAUAAUGUGAUAAUCAAAGAUGGUACCUAUUUUGCGCAGAUAGGGUACAAGAGAAUUAUUAACUUUGAACUUGCAAAUUUAGCAAGAUGCAAAUAUUUGUGGCUUGUAUGGCUUAUAGUAGUAUGUGGUUUAUGGGUUCAGUAAACAAAGCAUGUUGCCGUUUAUAAUUUCCCCUUUCUCUAUUGCACUGAAC